AUGAGCCGCAGCGCGAAGAAGCAGGAGGAACAGAUCCGACAAGUCCAGGCUCUGGCGUUUGAAGGGAUUGGAGGCGACUCAUGGGCCGGGGGCGACGACAGCACAGCCCGUGCCGACCUGGAGAACCUGCAUAGCCGUCUGAAGAGCUGGGCAAAGAAAUAUGCGAUUGAGGAAAUGAGCGAGGUGCGGAGUCUGGCUCCUGACGAGUACGGCUCGUUUAUUCAGCUCCUGACCCAGGUCGUCCCACUCCAUGGUCCCGGGACGCCGAAUGACAGCGGCAUCGAGCAUCUCGAAUCUGGAUUCAUGAAUCGGAAGUCCCCUGUCGUAUGCAUCCAGGGUCUGCUAUCACAUCAUGUAUACGCCAAAGUCAUCAGCAAACCAUUCUUUGCCCUGGGCGACGCUGGUGAGGCGUUGCAGAAUGUACACCGAGCAAUCCGUAAAGUCAAUGAAACCGAAUCGCAUAUAUGGCGCUCCAGGACCCUUCGGCUCCUCGCUACCUCGUCAACCAACGUGCAACAACAGGGCUCGGACGGACGACACAACUACAUUGCAUCCCAGAAAGCAGUCUGCCACCACUUCGCCAGCGAGUUUUACAAUGGUCCGGCCAAGCACCUGAUUAAAUCACCAACCCGCGAGGGCGGAAACGCGGACACGCAAUGCUUCAAUGACCUAGAGUCUAUUGUUCAGUAUGCAGGGGAGCUCUCGUACAGGCUCUGGACCCGUCGGACACUCAUGAGUUUCAUGUCGUUGCCCGACCUCUACAAUCAGCCGUUUAGAAUGGGUUCCGACAUCAUGAAGGCGCAUCCACUCCAUAAGUUGUACGAGGACGACGGCCGGUGCGACGGCUGGUUUGUUGGUGUCGUAGCGCACCCGGCUGUCCUCGCAUUCGGGAGCAGCGAUGGGAAGGAUUACAAUAGUGGUCGCGUGUGGAUGCAGGCAGAGGUAUGGCUAACUGAAGAUGAUGGGGUAAAGAAAUAA